AUGGCCACCAUCCCUUCGCGUUUGAAACCACUACCUGCGCUGCCAAGAGGUACGACAAAGCAGGCUCCUGUGCAAUUUUUUCAUGGCAUGACCGAAGUCCCAGAGAACGAUCAGCCAGUCUUAGAAAAUGAUCAUCCCGCCAACGAUCCCACUAAGAUUGUGCGGGAUAUAAAACAGCGCAGGAGUAAUGCUGGACAUAUUGAUCCGGAGUCGUUACAUCUUGGGGCGGUUGAAUCCAAUUUGUUUUCGCCUGAUGUGCGGCACGUUGAGCUGCCUCCUGAUACAAUCCAAGAAACACCUUCCUCUCCCCGCAUUACCCACCAGGAAGCCACCGUCUCCAGUAUCGGCAUACCGCGCGUCGAACCAGUAACCUACACGACAUUCGCCCAUUCCAGUCGUUCCUCGCCCCCCCUCACUCUGUCCGACGGGUCGUCGUCGUUUGAGGACGAAGAUGAUAUCGUGAGGGAGGAUGAUGACAGGUUAUCGUCGAGAGACGAGCAUAUUGCGGAGAUCCAUAAUGAGAAGGUAUAUCGGCAUCUGUUGAAACAUCACUAUCAUUCUUCGCUCAUAAUACCCCUGUGGAACCCAUGCCCCAUCGACCUCGGCGCAGUAGGAUACCUCCGUGAAGGCCGAUUCAUCACACUCUUCAACGCCUUCCGCCCAAAAGAUUCGAACGACGGCAGGGAGUCGAGGGGUUCCAAAGUGAGACGGAAAUAUACCUAUCCUCUACAAGCCGGUCAUGGGAUCGCGGUUAUGUGCGUCGAGACGACGGAGUAUCGGUACCUUGAACCGCUGGAAGCGCUGAGCAACUGGUUCCAGGCGAAUGUAACUUCCAUUAUAAUCAGUUAUGGGACGCAGCAUACUAUACAAAAGGAAGAUCUUUUCCUUGUCAUCGGAACGCUCUGCGCGCCAAAUCACGCCUUGUUCGUUAGCCACAGUCACCCAGACGGACAGGCCUACUUCAGCGUCUACUCCUCACCUAAAAUCGGUCAGCCAUGGGGAAUAUUCACCCCACAACAGCCUGCAAGCAAGGUUUCGCCUCGACAAAAUGGCCCGUGGAAUAGCGUUUUGUUGGCGCGGUUGAGGUUCAUGCCAGGUCAUUCAAAGCCUACCUUCAAGUGA